AUGGGUGAUACGUAUUUAAAACAGUAUGAAGACUUUAUAAAUACAUAUGAGAAGCUCUAUCAUAUCAAGUCAUUCGAGGCAAUGCAAGAAGUUUUAGUUCUCAUUCAAAAUAUUUUAAUUGCAAAGUAUAAAAUUCAUAUCACCGAUCUUAUUAUGAGUAUAUUUACUGCAAUUAAAUACAAUUAUCGAUCGAUUCAUCUUUAUACAUUUAUUGUCAAUGAAAUCUUAGCAUCAAAUCCAGUCUCCGAAGCAAAUGCCGUUCCUCUCUUCGCCAAAGUCGACACAUACAAUCUUCAUGUCAAUGCUUAUGUAAAUGAUCUUUAUGAAGUAGAAAUAGACUCUGAUACUUUUCCAGACGAGGAUAGUGUUCAGUAUAUGAUUUUGUAUGACCAAAUCGAUAAAUUCAAAGAAUAUAUCACUCAAAACUCAUUAGAUAAAGUUGUCUUAUAUGUUCCAAGUUAUCCUUUCUUUUCUCCUCUUGAAACCUGUGCAUAUUUCGGGGCGGUGAAUAUUUUCAGCUUCUUACAUUCAAGUUUAAAUCAUGAGAUUUCAGAAGAUUGUUUGGAGUUAUCUUUUAUCGGUGGUAAUACAGAUAUCAUCAAUGAAUGCAUGAAGUCACAUAAAUUAAAUCGCGGCUGUUUAACAUAUAUAGUUUCAUCUCAUAACAAUGCUUUUCUUGACUAUGUUUUCGAGCAUGAACUUUUUAAACCGAAAGAUUUUGAUUAUGAUUUUAUUAUCAAUUCGCAAAACUUAAAAGCAUUAUUACUCAUGUACAACUUAGAAAAGAAUUCAAUUAUUCCAUGGUGUGCAGCAUUCCAACAAUCACUUGAUAUCAUAAAGAGUGGUGAUCUUGAUUUAACUCGGCUAGCUUGGGAUGAUUCAUCGCUUCUUCAUUAUUGUGCAAUUUACGAUAAUGUCGGCGUUUGCGAGUACUUGUUGAAUAAUUCUAAAAUUGACAUCAAUUCUAAAGAUAUGGAACAAAAUACUCCUCUUCAUCAAGCUGUGACUUGGGACCAUAAAAAUAUCAUUGAACUUAUAUGGAUGAACAUUAAUCGUUGA